CCACAAAAUUACAAAAUAAUGAUUAUUUAUUAGAAACUUUGAAAAAAAGUACAGAUUCAACACAAAUAUUGAACACAAUUGAUUUACAUCAUAAAAUAAUGAACAAUCGACAUAUAAUUCAAGCAUUUCGAUCACUAUUUUCGUUACAAAAAAUUCAUAAGACUGAUUUAAAAAAUGAACAAAUAUUAACACAUCCGAGCUUCGAAAAACUAUGUUUAGUAUUACGAAAACGUUCACGCGACUUAGAAAUCACGGAAUUAUUAGAAGUAUUAAAAACUGUAACAUACGUUGGUGUAAAUUCAAACAGUACAAUAACACAAAUACUUCUACAAUUAUUACGCCAUCAAAUCAAUAAUUUAUCAUUACAACAAAUAAUUUUUUUACAAUUUAUUUUAAAUAAAUUUACAAGUAAUCCAUUAGUAGAUGCAUUAAAAAUUGCAUUACCAAUUGUAUUAGAUAUUAAUUUACGUACAAAAAUUGAUACGACAAAUCUAAAUGAGUUAUCGCAUUUAUUACAAUUUGCAUCGAAAAAUCAAAUAUCAAAAGAGAAUAUUGAUUAUAUAAUAAAUGUGUUAAUAUCACAUGAUAUACAAAAUAUUCACAUGGCAAAAAGUAUUGUAUGGUCUGUAUGCGAUCUACCAGUUGAGGAUGUUGCAUAUGAGAAAUUAUUAAAAAAGUGUUUAGAUUUAAUUUCAAAAGAUUUAAGUCAAUUAAAAUGUACAGAAGUUGAUACAACAUUAUCGAAAUUAGCACAACGAUUUUCGUCGCGUAAUAAUGCAGUUUGGUUUUAUCAUGAGAAAUUUGCUAAUAGUUGUGCUGAGUAUAUAAUUGAUAAUCGAUUGGAUAUUAAUGUUGCAAAUGGUAUACAACGUCGACUUUUACAAUUUGACCAUGUACAUAUGCCGCUUAUCGACUACUUCACUAAUUUAUAUUUAAAUGACCCAACUCUAUUAUUAAAUAAUAAAACAGUUUUCAUGAAAACAUUUAUUAGUUCAAUUGUUCGUGCUGAUUAUAUAAAUUUAAAAUCACUGCCAAAUGUUAAAGAGAUAAUUCAAAAGUAUAUUGAUAGUAAAGAAAGGAAAGAAAUUGCUGGUAUCAAUUUUACACUUGAAUUGGCUGUAUUGGAUUUUUAUAAUCGAAAAGUAUUAGAAACUUCAUUAGAAGAUGAAUAUCUUCAACGAACUGUCAAUAAAGGGAAUUUAACGCAAUGCCAAAAUUUAUUAUUGUUAUCGCAAGCACUUGUUCAUUUAAACAAAGAUCAUACAGAUUUAGUGCCAUCGAAUACCAUUAUUAAUGCAGCUUUAGAACGAAUACCACCCAGAAACGAAUUUCCAUUGAAAAAUGCAUUAUCAGUUGCUUUAGGGGGCUAUAAUUAUUUUAAAACUAAUGUUAAUGCUAAUUUAGGAUAUGCAAUUGAUCAUAUAAUGGUUGUACGUCGAGGAGGUUUUCCAAUUGCAAUAAAUCAAAAUGAUGAAGCGAAUGUACAAACUAAUUUAGAAGACAUUGAAUGUUCAAAUGACAAUCAAAUGGUAGCAAUAAUUACAUUCCCGUCAAAUUGUUAUGCAAUAAAUUCACAUCGUUUAAAAGGCAAUUAUUCGUUUAUGGUAAAUUUGUUAGAGGCAAGAGGAAUUCGGACAAUUCCUAUUUCUAUAAUGAAAUGGAAUAAAUUACUAGAUUUUGAAAAAAUUCCAUAUUUAAUGCAAAAAAUUAAAUUAGAAUGUGAUAAAUAUAAUGAAAUAAAUAAUGAUUCGAUUUUUGUCGUUUUUUCAUAA